GCGAUGAAUUCUACAUGUUGGUAGAUAUUUAGAAUGAUACCACCAGUUAGCAGCUACUAAUAAACCAGACAAACCUAUCAAGGGCAGAGGCUGCGAUUUCCUAUGUAGCAUUGCAGAGUGACUGCUUGUAUUCAGACCACAUUUCUGUGCAGAUGGAUUAAAAAAAGUACUCUGACCAGACGGCCUUGACAGAUGGUUAAAUGACACUGCAAAGUAACAGAACAGCAGAAUGAGUACAGACCGUGAGUGUCAGACGUAAAGAGAUACAAGUGUUUGUUCUAAGAGGAAGCAUGGUGUACGGAAUGGACUGAGGAAGUUAAUUUGCAGUUAAACAGUCUGACAGUAAAACAGAAUAGCUACAAACCAUGACUUUUAGAAGUAAAGAGGCACAGGUCUUUGGUAUGUGAUGGAAACUCAAAUGCAGUGGAUAUUUGGAUGUCAUGGCAGUUAUAGAAAAUAUCCAAUUUUUGAACUUUGCGGCAGUUCAGCCAGCAAAAAGACCAGGAACAUCGCUUGCUUGUUGCCCAAUACCAGAGCCUGAGGGACCUUACACCACAGCAGAGAUCACAACAGCUAAACAGAUAGAGUUCCCUGCAGAAACAACAACAACUAUGGCUCUACCUCCGCCAGGUAGAUGUGCUCUAGAUGUGGUGGAUCCGGUGGAUGUCACCGAGGAUGAUCAACGAGGGUACUACUUUGGAGCAUAUCCCAACAGUAGACUGGAAUAUGACCGUUUACCAGUAUCACUUAGAAUAAUAGCUACAUUGAGUAUGGAGUUUAGAACAACACAGCCUGAUGGAGUGAUGUUUUACUUUUCUGAUGUAAUGCACAGAGAUCACAUUGGUGUGACAAUGAAAGGUGGAAUGAUUCGCUUUACCUUUGAUAGUGGUACCGGUACAGGUGAACUCAUGACUACAAAAACAUAUAACGAUGGGCACUGGCAUAAGUUGAUGAUUGGCCGUAACAUGAGAGAGGGUACCAUGAUGGUUGAUGAUGAUGAACUUACACCAGUUGAGUCAGCAGGACGUGCUCGAACUAUCAAUGGUAGACCGCCAUACAGUUUUGGAGGUUUAAGGGAAAGUCCAGUUGCAGGCGCUGUGAAAAACCUCAAUGGUGUAACCAACAGUUUUGCAGGUUGUAUUGCCAAUAUCAAGGUGAACAAUAAAGAUACUGGACCAGCACCAGUACAGAAUGGUACCCUGCCUUGCUCAGACUUCACUUAUAAUGGUGCCUACUUCUACAAUGAUGGUGGAUACAUCAAACUUAUGGAUUCAUUCAAUGUAAAGAAGAAGAUGACGAUGUCAGUAGAGAUACGUCCCCGCAGUUUGAAUGGUGUAAUCUUCUCUGUACAUGGAAAAGGAGAUUUUGUUAUAUUGCAGCUGGUGGAAGGGGAGCUUUGGUUCACAGCUGACAAUGGUGCAGGAUCCUUUACUGCCAAAUAUAUUCCUGAAAUGAACAACAAGCUUUGUGAUGGUGCCUGGCACACAAUUAAAGCUGAGAAGAUAAGGAAUGUUGUGAUACUGGCUGUAGAUGAUAAAGAAUCUAUCACUGAAAUCAGUGCUGGUAGAGCCACUUCAGCUCAUACAAACAGCCCCAUAUAUCUUGGUGGAAAACCAGAUGACAUCACAAAGGGUGUAAGAGCAAAGGGAGACUACAAAGGUUGUAUGCGAAAUCUCUCGAUCAACGGGAAAUAUCAAUAUCUCAAUACUGGAAUUGCCUUCAAGGACGUCAGUCUAGACUCAUGCCCAGUAAACUAAAACACGAGAUAAAGAGGGACACAAAUGCUCGAUUCAGUGGACAAUGAAUAAAUUAGAAAUGGUUUCUCUGUUUUUACAUAUGAACCAGACCAAAAGACGUAAAAAAAUGGUACUAGCAGCUUCCUCGCUUGGCGCUCAGCAUUAAGGGGAUAGUGCUAGGACUGGUCAGCCUGGUGUCAGUAUAAUGUGACUGGGUGGGGUAACAUGCCACGUGUCUACGGCGUGAUAUUCCAGUGAGGCAGCACAAUAAAGUUGGGCAUUGUGCCCACUGCUACAAGUAGACACCGUCGUUUAUAUGACUGAAAAAUUGUUGAAAAAGAUGUUAAACCCGAACACACACACACACACACACACACACACACACACACACACACAUAUGAACCAGUGAUAUAAUGCUCAGUUUUAAUUUGUAAAACUUCAAAAUUUAAAAAACAAAACAAAACCAGAAGGCCUAGAGCUUAGAUAUUUGACAAGUAGCAUUGCCUAGUGGACCUCUACAAAAUUUGUUCAAAUCAUGACCCCCAGUUCAAAAUUGACCCCGCCCGAGGGGUCAUUUGAUUUUACAUAGGAAAAUCUUCAAAAAAUUUCUAAAAAUAAACCAGAAGGCCUAGAGCUUAGAUAUUUCACAUGCAGCAUUGCUUAGUGGACCUCUACAAAAUUUGUUCAAAUCAUGACCCCCGGGUUCACUUGAUUUUACAUAGGAAAGUCUUAAAUUUUUUUCUAAAAAUAAACCAGAAGGCCUAGAUCUUAGAUAUUUGGCAUGUAGCAUUGCCUAGUAGACUUCUACAAAAUUUGUUCAAAUCAUGACCCUGGGGUCAAAUUGACCCCACCUCAUGGGGUUACUUGAUUGUACAUAGAAAAAUCUUCAAAAUUUUCUAAAAAUAAACCAGAAGGCCUAGAGCUUAGAUAUUUGACAUGUAACAUUGCCUAGUGGACCUCUACAAAAUUUGUUCAAAUCAUGACCCUCCAGGGUCAAAUUGACCCAGCCCAGGGUUACUUGAUUGUACAUAGGGAAAUCUUCAUAAAUUUGCUAAAAAUAAACCAGAAAGCCUAGAUCUUAGAUAUUUGAUAUGUAACAUUGCCUAGUAGACUUCUACAAACUUUGUUCAAAUCAUGACCCCCGGGGUAAAAUUGGCCCCACCCCAGGGUUUACUUGAUUGUACAUCGGAAAAUCUUCCAAAAAAUUUCUAGAAAUCAUCAGUUUGACAUUUGAAACAUGUAGCUCAUAUUACUCAGGUGAGCGAUCCAGGGCCAUCAUGACCCUCUUGUUAAACUUACUUAUCCUAUAGGUGCAAUUUUGUACUAGAUGCAUAACAUCUAAUUAUCAUGUCAAUCACUUUUAUGAUUUUUGUUAGUAACUACUUCUGUUGAAUUUCUUAUCUAGUCAUUUUUUCUAAUAAAUAAUAGUGAUAUUGAGUAUGGUACUGUUUUCACCAGGCCAUUUUACACUAGUGUAUUACAUAAAAUGUGAAAUAUAAAGAGACUGAAAGAUCAUUUUGACCAUAAUACUGAGAGAAGUGCAAUAUCUAUGUAAAAAAGUGUGGUGAUAACCGUAUCAAGAUUGGUUAAAUUUGUUAUAGCAAUGACACUGUUUUUUUGGGGGUGGGGGACAAUGUCUUUUUUUCAUUUGUUUCGCCUUUUUUAUGACAUUGAAUAAGACCAUUAAAGUUCCUCAUUUGCAGUACUGUGAAAUAAUUUUUAUUAGCAUAGGACGAAUUUUCACAUAUUUCACGCUAGGACCGCUGCGCAAAUUUAGACCGCGCUAUUAUAUUUUAUUUUAUUUCUUCAUUUCUAAAAUUGAAAAUGCGCGAAUUAAAGCCCGCGCAAAACAGUCCUUUUUCAUGUUUGCGCGAAAUUUCAUGCCAGCGAAUUUAAAUGAUUUCAUGUGGUGGACGGAUAGCUCAGUGGUUUGCACACUGGCCUUCCAAUCCUGAGGUCGGGGGUUCGAUCCCCGGCAGUUACUUGGGAAUUUUCAAAAACGCUUUUCAGUGUUUCCCAACUAGAGGUGUACUGGUCAGAAACCCAGGCAAUCCUUGCAUGUAUCUGUGCUAUACACUGGGCACGUUAAAGAACCAGGCUGUCUAUUCGCAAUGAGCUAGGCUGAGUUAGCCGUACAAGCCUGUAUCUGAUUUCUGGUCUCUCUGUCGUGGGGGCUUUGUCUCACUCUGUCCCUCUGGUCAGAUCGCUCUGUGUUUGUACUAGUAGAGGAUGAAUUAUGCGCCCUGUGUGGCUGCAUUUGAACUAAGUAAAGCGCCUUUGAACGUGAAAUUGAUCUGGUAUAAUGUAAUAUAUAUUUCACAGUGUAUAUAAAAUUGAUGAGUAAAAAUUUAAUACUAAAUA